CCAAAACCCUUAACAUUUUAGGGUUUUGACUUUCAGCUUCACUGAUUACCUCUCUCUGAAGAAUUCCCCCGUUUACAAAAUAGCAUCUGUUUGGUUGCCGGGAAAGCGAAGGGCGAAAAAAAAAGAAGAAGAAAACCUUCCGAAAAAAAAAAGGAAACUCUAUGUCGUCAGUUUCUGAGUCGAAGAUGGCUGACAUUGACGAUAUUAGUCAAGAAUCAUCACAAACAGUAACUAAGAAAUCAAAAAAGAAAAGAAAGAGAGAGACAGAGAAAAGCACUGACCAGCCACCAUCCACCAGUGCUGAACUUACUGAACAACAAUCUGUGGAUGUGAAAGUGGAAGCCAUCUAUGACCGUGCUGACAGGAGUGCCCCUAUAGUGGGCUAUUUCCCUUCUGGUUAUAAGCCACAAAAGAAUGAAGAGAACCUAUCACCACAGCAAUCAACUGUUAGGUUUUAUAGGAGCACUCGUGCCAAGAUGGAGAAAAGCUCCAGUGAAAAGGAUGAGAAAAGGAGAACUUCAGAGAGGCUGGAACUGGUUGUGAGUCCUCAUUGGUCCAAUGUGGACUUUGUGGGUAAGAGUUAUAAAGGUGAGGCUAUGGCUGCUCAGUUGUGCACUUAUGCGCUUGGGGUAUUUGAUAAGAUGACUCAGACGUUGAAGAUUGUGCCAAUUGCUGGAAAUAAGAUAUUUAGAUUGGAACCAAAAGUUCGAGGGUUAGAUACUGCUGACGAGGAACCUUCAGUUUUGGAAAAUGAGCCUUCUGGAGAAAACAGGACAGAUAAAAGGAGGGAACUUGCUGUACUUUAUGGAACAAAGAGAUCUAUAGCAGGGGAUAAAAAAUUGCAGGCUCUAAGGCAGGGAGAUAAUCCCGAAUCGCAAGAGGAUUUGGGGAAUAAAAUUGAUAAUAUUGUGGUAAACAAGGAGGCUCUUGCAAGUACCAGUGCCCAGGUUGCUCGAAAUAUUCCACCUUAUAACUCUUCUGCCACCACACCUCAGGAGGCCUAUCCAUUGAAUGGGAUUAUUCUGGCAGGAGAGUGGGAUUUCCUUGAAGAUGUUUAUGAGAUUUUGAAAACUGGGGCAGGCGUAUCAAGCAAUGCUUACCCAACUUUUGUUCGCAAUAGAAUACAUAAAUUACAGGAAAUUCAGGAUGAAGUUGAGAAGAAGACACUCUCUCGCAUUUUCUCUUACAUUACUCACCUUAUAAAGUUUAAAGAUAUGCAUUCUCUGGAUGGUGCUGCUUCUGCAAAGAAUCACAGAUUUCCGAGCAUUCUUCGGCAGAAAUUUAUGAAUAUGUUUACUCCAGGAUCAAGGACGCUGCCAAUAGAGAAAAUUGAUCUUCUCAUUAGUUAUGUUCUAGUGCUCACUCUAUAUGUUGAUGACUUCCGGAGUAAUCCCACAGAUAUUGCCAAGGAUCUAAGAAUGAGUCCUGUUGACUUAAGAGUGCAUUUUGAAAAUUUGGGUUGCAAGGGUGUAAAUGAAAACAAGUCGUUUGUGGCAACCCUUCCAGUACCUCUGAAAUUCCAAACAGUGAAACGGGGGCGGGGGCGGCCAAGAAAAAGGUAGUGAGCGGAUUAGAAGAUGGGAAAAUUUUCAUUCUUUGAUUCGGCGAUUGUUCAACAGCAAGUAGUUCCACAGCCUUGGAAGCUUGCAAUAGGAUAAAAAGAAUCCUGAGAUAAAUGACUUUUUUAAGUUUUGUGGAUUCAGGAAAAACUUCAGAUUCAUGUAUAAUAUUUUGCUGUGCAACUAACAUGGUGCUUGUGGAUUAUAACUAUUCUUGAUUUAAAUAUAUGAUUAUGCAUUUUGGCAGGUAGUCA